AUGGCAGAAUACAGCAGCCUUCUGGAGGAGCUGGCUGAGAACAUCACCAACGAAGACCUGGACCAGCUGAAGUCGGCCUGCAAGGAGGACAUCCCCAGCGAGAAGAACGAGGAGAUCACCACCAGCAAGGACUGGUUCAGCUUCCUGGAAAAGCACAAGAAACUGGACAAAGGUGAGCAGGACCACUGGCCUUUGAGAUGGCCCUGCUCUGCCCCAUGGAAGGAGGCAGCGCUGCUUCUGAAGGCCAGUUGCUGGAAACUGUGUUCGAAUCCUGCUUGUGGACUUCCCAUGGGGGCAUCUGGUUGGAUGCUGGACUAGAUGGGCUCUGGGCCUGAUCCAGCAGGCUCUUCUUAGGAGAAGGAGAUGAGGAGGAGCAGGAGAGGAAGAGCGUGUGCUCAGCCCCAGGCCCCUUCUGCGCCAGCCUAUCACUCAGGAUGGGGGCCUCGGAGCUGAGGCUGGGGUGCUGGGGUGCUGGGGUGCUGGGAUGUGAUCUUUGCCUUUGCUGGCCCCAGCCUCUGCCUGGCAACCCAAGAUGAGGCUGGGAUGAGUGAGGCCAAAGAUCACCCUCUGCGUGUCCCACACAUCCUGGGUGGCAUCACGCGACGAAUCACAUGGCCCCCCUCAAUGGGGGGGGGCAAGUUGGUGCCCCCGGCUGCACCUAGCCUACACAGUCAUACCUCGGGUUGAAGUAGCUUCGGGUUGAGCAUUUUCGGGUUGCGCUCUGCGGCGACCCAGAAGUAACAGAGCGCGUUACUUCUGGGUUUUGCUGCUCGCGCAUGCGCAGACACUCAAAAUGACAUCACGCGCAUGUGCGGAAGUGGUGAAUUGCGACCUGUGCACGUGCAGACGCGCGGACGUGGGUUGCAUUUGCUUCAGGACGCGAAUGGGGCUCCGGAACGGAUCCCGUUCUCAUCCAGAGGUACCACUGUAUCUGAAUCCGUGGGAUUAAAAUAAACACAGAGAAGAGGGGCAGGGGAGAAGAAUCUGUGCACCUAGACAGGCCUACAUCUCAAUAAGCGGCUCAGCCCUCUCUCACCGCCACUUUCACCCUGCUUUCCUUCCAAAGGAAGGAAGGCAAGAGCAGCAGAAUCAAGUUGAGUGACUCAGAGCUGGCAGGCUUGAGGUUUCCAGGAGGGUUGGGGAGAGGGGAGGAGCAGCCUGCCUGCCUGCCUGCCUGCCUGGCUGUGACAGCUCCAGGCAAGAGGAACGGACGGCUGGGCUCCCGGGAGAACCAGUGACUCAGCAAAGAGGCACCGGCAAGGCAGGUCCGCUCAGGGUUCAGAUCUCAUCCAAGGGCUUGACACUUCCAGGCCAACAAAGCACUUCUGCAAUCACUUCUGUUCUGUCCCCAGGAGGGAGGCUGGGGCAGGGAGAUGAAUAUCUGUCGCCCGGCACCAUUUGACAGGGCAUGAGCGCAGGGAGAAGGUGUGGAUGCCGAGUUGUGCGAUAGAACCAGGAGCCCGAACCUCCACCUCUUUCAGGGGGCUCAGUGCAACUGUGGGGCACCCAUUGCAAAAAUGGGUGCGUGUUUGGGAGGUGUGCGUAUGGGGCUGUAGGAAUGAACAGCUCUAGAAGAGAUUGUGCCAGGUGUCACACACACAGACAGACACACACACACAGACACACACACACCACUCACCAACAAGGGGGGGAAACACCCUCUCAUGUCCCUAGAACUCAUGGAUGAAGCUGGAAAUUGGAAUAUUCAGGACACAUAAAGAGAGUCUUUCGCACAGCACAUAGUUAAACAAGGGAAUUCACUACUGCAGAAAGCAAGGUGGCCACCAAUUUGGAUGCCAUAAAAAGAGGAUUGGACAAAUCCACAUAGAAUACAACUACUUAUAACAACAUAAAAAAGUUUAAAAUCUUGUGGUUUUACCUGGUUACGAACUUAAUUCGUUCCAGAGGUCCAUUCUUAACCUGAGGUACCACUUUAGUUAAUGGGGGCUCCCACUGCCGCUGGCGCCCGAUUUCUGUUCUCAUCCUGAGGUAAAGUUCUUAACCCGAGGUACUACUUCCGGGUUAGCGGAGUCUGAAACCCAAAGUGUUUGUAACCUAAGGUGUUUGUAACCCGAGGUACCACCGUAACUGUGAAGAAUGAAAUCACACAAAAAUAGGGUGAGCCCUAAAAAUGCACAUCUCAGGUGUCAAAGGCCAGGGUGAGAAGUUGUGUCCUCAGCAUUCAACAAAAAUAGUAUGAUGACAAACAGGAGCAGAAGCUGCUCUGGGCACAGGAGGAGAAAUAUCCAAAUAUAUCUAAAUAUCGCCCUAGCGCAUUAAAUGCUCUUCACAACCAGACCUGCAUCCCAGCUCUCUUCUGCUCUUUUGCAGAGUUGCUGGUCUCCCCACCCUGCACCCAUCCUGCCCACUUCCGCCUUCCAGAUUCUUGAGCUGAGACACCCCCAACACACACACACACACACACACACACACACGGCUGAGCCCUACCCUGAGCUGCUCUUGUGGAGGAAGGCUACAGAUGGUGCUGUGGAGCUGGAUGAUGUCAUUUUGUGCUUUUAAAAAAAAUAAAGUUGUUUUCUCAGGGCAAUGCAACCUGCUGUUGGUUGGUUGCUUUCCUCUCUCCUGUACACACACAUACACCUCUGCACUGGUCUCUCUGCCCACGCACCAGCAUCAUCGUGAACAGACUCACACUGCCAUGCUGUGCCCACGCAAGACAGCCCCGUGCCUCCAGAGAGGUUCGCAGUCGUCAGUCACACCUUGAGGAAAGCGGCACCAACACACACACACACGAGGGAGUUGGUAUGUUACAGACACAAAGAGUCAAGUUAAAUUCACACGUAGAGAAUGGAACAGGUGUGGGAUUCAGGUGACGAUUAGCAUGAAACAGUGGGCUGCUUUUGACAUGGUGCCAUCCUAAGUGGGGGCGGCCGGGGGGGGCGGGGGGGGAGAAGGAGAAAGAGAGAAGUCCCUGCGCUGAUUGUCUGCAUUGAAAUCCUGGAGGGAUGCAAGAGGCAGGGCAACCCAAGCCCUUUCAUCUUUGCGGGAGGGGCAAGGCAGGCACAAUGCAGCCGAUUCAAUGGGCAGGGCGCUUGGCGCUGCCUUCCUGUUUCCCCACAGCUGACCUCCUUCCCUGUGCUUAUUCCUGCUUGGACUACUGCCAUGCACUCUACGUGGGGCUACCUUUGAAGGUGACCCGGAAACUGCAAUUAAUCCAGAAUGCAGCAGCUAGACUGGUGACUGGGAGCAGCUGCCGAGACCACAUAACACUGGUCUUGAAAGACCUACAUUGGCUCCUAGUACGUUUCCGAGCACAAUUCAAAGCGUUGGUGCUGACCUUGAAAGCCCUAAACGGCCUCGGUCCAGGAUACCUGAAGGAGCGCCUCCACCCCGGACACCAGGGUCCCUCUCCCGAGGGUCUUCUGGCGGUUCCCUCCCUGCGAGAAGUGAGGUUACAGGGAACCAGGCAGAGGGCCUUCUUGGUGGUGGCACCCGCCCUGUGGAACGCCCUCCCAUCAGAUGUCAAAAAAUAAGCAGCUAUCUUAUCUUUAAAAGACAUCGGAAGGCGGCCCUGUUUAGGGAAGUUUUUAAUAUUUAAUGCUGUAUUGUUUUUAACUCUUGAUUGGGAGCUGCCCAGAGUGGCUGGGGAAACUCAGCCAGAUGGGUGGGGUAUAAAUAAUAAAUUAUUAUAAUAUUAUUAUUAUUCCUGCGCAGACAACCUCUCCUACAUCGAGCACAUCUUUGAGAUCUCCCGCCGCCCAGACUUGCUCACCAUGGUGGUGGAGUACCGCACCCAAGUGCUGAAGAUCUCUGAGGAGGAUGAAGUGGACACCAAGCUGACCCGUAUCCCCAGUGCCAAGAAAUACAAAGGUCGGGGGCUCCCUGCUCAGCACCCACAUGUCCUCAGCCACCCCCUUCCCCAAAACCCCAGCAGCUGCCCCUGCUCUCACCUCACCCCUUCUUCCUGCAUGGAGACCCUGGGGCUGGGGCUGGAUGGUCCAUGUCUCUGGCUGGUGGGUUGUCCAUCUUUCUCCCAGCCUCUCUCGGUGGGGUGCAGCUGCUCAAGAGGCUCAGCAGGCCGGUUUUGGGGAAGCAGGAAGACUCACCUUUCCCAUCCAACCUUGAGGGGAGAACUUGGUCUCCCUCCCUUUUUCAGACCCACCUUGAACAGCUGGAGAAACCCAGCUUCAAAUCUCCAGCCUGAAGAGCAGGGACGUGCUGCACAUCCACCCAAGGGCGAGGGGUGGUGGACAGAGGACUCUUUUGUCCAGUCCACCAACAGCUUCAUCCCCAAACCUCCCUGGCUCACCAGGGGCAAGAUGCAGCCGUGGGGGAGAUAAAUGGUUGGUUGUGUGGGAAACCUUUCAAGGGUGUAGUUUUUCUAUUCUGAGGUUGAAGAUGGGCAGCUAGGCAAAAGCAGGUCGUGGACCUGUCCCUUUCACGUUUCUAUCAUGUUGCAUUGUUUUCAGGAAGAGGAUGGGCGGGGAAGCGAUAGUUUGGGUUUGCUCUGCUCUGUUCUGAGGCAGAUUUAUACGCAGCCCAGAAACAGUGUUCUGCGAGGCUGAGUGGCUCCCAGUUGCUAGUAUACAUAGUUAGCUGAGAGGAUACCUUUGAAACAUUGAGUUUAAUAAUAAUAAAAAAGAUAAGCCAUUCUGUUAAUAGUCACGUGUAUUUAAGUGAACAAACGCCCCCCCCCCCAGAGGGCUGCAUGUGGGGCCCCUCGGACCCUAAGCUCUCCACUGGUUCCAUCUUUAUAGGGACUGCAUUUAGGUUUUCAGUUUGUUAAAUAUCACUUGGAGACCUUCAGAUUCAGGCCGCAGUUUCUUCACACUGGUCCUCACAAGCUUGUGGAACUCUCUGCCACAAGAUGUGUUUCUGGCCACCAACUCAGAUCUCUUUAAAGGAGGAUUAGGUGGACUCAGACAAUCCCACCAGGUGAUUCCCAAGUCGUUCUCAUGUUGUCUCCCUUCUUUUUCUCCCCACAGACAUCAUCCGGCAGCCCUCCGAAGAAGAGAUAAUCAAACUGGCUCCGCCACCCAAAAAAGCUUAA